UAAACAGCUCGUCAACCACUUCGCUAGCUUGCUAGCCAAAACAGCCGAAAUAUUCAAGCUAUUUACACGCUUUCGGUGUAUAUUAACUACUGUGUUUUAGACACACUUCUGUUGUAUAUACUUGUUCAUCUAUUUAAUUUAAUAUUACGUUAUUUUAUAUUAGUCAGCUAUAGUAGCUGGCUGGUUAAGUUAGCACUAGUCUAGUCGCUAAUAAUUAGCUACCUAGCUAACAUCCCCGACCAUGAGUUCCCUAAACUACUCCCCUCCUGUUAAAGAAGAGGAGGUUUGCUGGACAGAGAAAGAAGGUCUGGGGCUGAACAUUGUCGUGAAAGAGGAGAAGGAAGAGGAGGAUGUUACAGUAAAACAAGUAGAGUGUGAGGCUGUUACAGUGAAAGAAGAAGAGAAAGACGUUUCAGUUAAAGAAGAGGAAGACGCGUUCAGAGUGAAAGAUAAGGAGGAUGUUACAGUAAAAGAAGAGGAAGAUGUCGUUUUCGGGGUGAAGAAGGAAGGAGAGAUUACUGUCACAUUGAAAGAUGAAGAGGAGAUGGGAGAUCUGAUUAACACCAGAGAGAUACGGAACUAUAGUGGACCCUCCGGGGAGCCUCAACAACCUCAUGAUGCUGAAGAGGCAGAGAAAAGUCUCUCCAGAUCAGAACACCUCAAGAAACACCAGCAGAGACCCACAGGGAAGAGAGUUCACUGCUGCUCUGACUGUGGGAAGAGAUUCACCUCAUCAGGCAUUAAAAUUCAUCAGAGAACACACACAGGAGAGAGACCUUAUAACUGUGUUCAGUGUGGGAAGGGUUUUACUCAGUCAACCAGCCUGAUAUCACACCAGAGAAUACACACAGGAGAUAAACCUUAUAGCUGUGGUCAAUGUGGGAAGAGUUUUAGUCGAUCUGGCUCUCUGACUCAACACCAGAUAAUACACACAGGAGAGAAACCUUAUAGCUGUGGUCAAUGUGGGAAGAGUUUUGGUCAAUCUUGCCAUCUGACAUUACACCAGAGAAUACACACAGGAGAGAGACCUUAUAGCUGUGGUCAAUGUGGGAAGAGAUGUACUACAUCUGGCCGGCUGACAUUACACCAGAGAACACACACAGGAGAGAAACCUUAUAGUUGUGUUCAAUGUGGGAAGAGAUGUACUACAUCUGGCACUCUGACUCUACACCAGAGAAUACACACAGGAGAGAAACCUUAUAGCUGUGGUCAAUGUGGGAAGAGUUUUGGUCAAUCUGGCCACCUGAAAAUGCACCAGAGAAUACACACAGGAGAGAAACCUUACAGCUGUGGUCAAUGUGGGAAGAGUUUUGGUCGAUCUGGCCAGCUGACAUCACACCAGAGAAUACACACAGGAGAGAGACCUUAUAGCUGUGGUCAAUGUGGGAAGAGUUUUACUACAUCUGGCUCUCUGACUCUACACCAGAGAACACACACAGGAGAGAAACCUUAUAGCUGUGGUCAAUGUGGGAGGAGUUUUGGUCAAUCUGGCCAGCUGACAAUACACCAGAGAACACACACAGGAGAGAAUCCUUACAGCUGCGAACAAUGUGGGAAGAGAUGUACUACAUCUGGCUCUCUGACUCUACACCAGAGAACACACACAGGAUUGAAACCUUAUAGCUGUGGUCAAUGUGGGAAGAGUUUUGGUCGAUCUUGCUCUCUGACUCUUCACCAGAGAAUACACACAGGAGAGAAACCUUAUAGCUGUGGUCAAUGUGGGAAGAGUUUUGGUCGAUCUGGCCAUCUGACAUCACACCAGAGAACACACACAGGAGAGAAACCUUAUAGCUGUGAUCAAUGUUACAAGAGAUACUCUGAUAAAAGAUCUCUGAUCAAACAUCAGAAAAUACAUACAUGAAGGAGUUAUUUCGUGAUAUCAGUGAUUUUUAUGUCACAAAGGAAUUUCACAAUGUAGAACCCUAAACGUUUGCCCCAUUCAAUUGAUUUCAGCGUGAUAUGGAUAUUUGUCUUGGGAAAAAUCCAGGCUCUGAAUUAAAAGAGUACUUUUUAUGUGAUUUAACAAAAAGUGACUAACACAAUAAGAGUUGUGUUACACUUACCAUGUUGGUGACCCACUUGAAUCAAAAUGCAACAGUUCACAAUUUGGCCAGCUGUUUUCUACAAAUUGUCCUCUAACUAGUGAUGUUAACAUUAGUCCCAGAUGUUGUGGGUUUUGAGCUUUUUGUUUUAAUAGAAUGUGCAACCUCAUCUCCAUCCUGUCACACAAUUGAUUUCAACAUGAUAUCGAUGAGUGAUGACAAAUAAGUGUCGCGUUCCUUUGUUUAGCGACCCCUACAUUUAAAUGCAUCACUCCAAAAUGUAGCUGACUGUCUUCUGCAGAUUGUCCUCUAACCAGUGAGGUAAAAUAUAUCUCCCAUUUCCAUGUGUUUUUUUAGUUGUGUUAGUUUCAACAGCAAGUACAACCUGAUUUCCCCCCUAAUCGAUAUCAGUGAUUUAUGCCUACUUGUCAAUAACAACAGCGUUUUUUGGUUCUUCUGCAGUUUACAAGGUGCUUGGUUGUUUUUUUAAAUACGAUUAUUGUGGCAGAUGUUUGUGUGUAUAGUACAUUUUAUGUUUUCAAUUUAUCACAAACUGCUUUUGCAUUUGGACUAUUGAUUUGGACACGUUAAGACUGUGACAUUGGGGCUAUCCCACCUAGCAAAAUGUUAUUGAAAAUAAGACUAUGCCCGAUCUACAAUAGGAGUUUGGUUUUAGUCGAAAGUGAAAGUUGAAAAGAAGACAAUUUAAUUUCAAUGUACUUGCAGCCUAUACACAUGAACGCAGUAUAAUAAAUCUAUAAUCAGUUUUAGGGACAGGGGUCCCGGUAGUCAUGGUAAUAUGGAUCCGCUAGAGGGACAACUUCCUGUUGGAAUAUAUCAUCAUAAAUAUUAUGGAUUUUAACAAGCUUAAAUUCUUGUUAAUCUAACUGCACUGUCAGAUUUACAGUAGCUAUUACAUCGAAAACAUGCCAUGCGAUUGAUUGAGGACGGUGCCCGACAUCAAAAGGAAUCCUAAAAUCUACACCUAAACUUUGUUUCAACAAGUCAAAAUGCGAAUCCUAUUUACUCCUCAGAUACCGUAAAAUGUCAUCAAACUAUAAUAUUUAUUUCGGAAAGAAGUAUGUUCAAUAGGAAACCGAUUUUAGCAGGUGCGUAAUGUCUUCAUAGCGCGCAAACAAGAAUUUCCAAGACUGUGUCCCUCUACUAAAACUGAUAUUUCUUAUUCAUUUUUGAAGUUGCAGGCCUGAAACCUUGAAUAUAGACUGCUGACACCCGGUGGAAGCCAUAGGAAUUGCAUGCAGGGAGCUAAUUUUCAAUAUGACCUUUCUCUUGCGAUUCUAAGAGGAUGGUCUCUGGUUGGUUUUUCUUUGGCUUUUCUCCAUUCCUCUACAUUAUUUUAGCAUCUCUACAAACCUCAAAGUGUUUUAUUUCUAAUGGUACCAAUUAUAUGCAUAUCAUGGCUUCAGGGCCUGAGCUACAGGCAGUUUACUUUGGGCACAAAAUAAUGUAUGAGACUAUAACACAAUUGAUAUGGCAGGUGAAAAUCCAAAGAAAAACCAACGGGAAUUGUUUGUUGUUCUAUGUAAUUCCAGCUCCCAGAUAGCAAUUCCUAUAGCUUCCACUAGAUGUCACCAGUCUUUGUUCAUUGUUUCAGGCUUGUUUCUUCAAAAACUAGCAAGAAUUUGAUUUUUUAUUUAGAAUUGAGAAUUUUUUUAGAUUUCUUUUUUACAAUAUCAGUCUGUUUGGCGCACUAUGAAGAGGACACCGCGUGCGCUUGCUAAUUUUACUUUUCUAUUGAACAUACUUCUUUCCGUAAUUAAAUUUUAUAGUUUAUUUAGAUUUUAGGAUACCUGAGAAUUAAAUAGAGACAUAGUUUGACUUGUUUAUACAAAGUUCGGCGGUAGCUUUUUGGACUCCUUUGUCUGCAUGUUGAAUGAGUGGAUUACUGAAAUCGAUGGCACCAACUGAACUGACUUUUUGGGAUACAAGAAUUUUAUCGAACAAAACGACCAUUCAUGUUGUAGUUGGGACCCUUGUGAUUGCAAACAGAGGAAGAUUUUCAAAUAUAAGUGAUUUAUUUAAUUGCUAUUUGUGAUUUUUAUGAAGCCUGUGCUGGUUGGAAAAUAUGUUGUGCUGUCCUCAAACAAUCGCAUGGUUUCGCAUGGUAAAGCCCAUUGUAAAUCGGACAAUGCAGUUAGAUUAACAAGAAUUUAAGAUGCUUGUAUGUAAGUUCAAACCCCUGAGCUGACAAGGUACAAAUCUGUCGUUCUGCCCCUGAACAAGGCAUUUAACCCACUGUUUCU